CCUCAGCAGCGAUGUCAUAAAACGAUGUCGUAAAGCCCCCGGCCGAGCCGCAGAGCAGCCGUAGCAGUAGAAGCCACCGCCCUCGGCGGCGGUGUCAUAAAGCGGCGUCGUAAAGACCCCGCGUGCAAGACCCAUCGCCGCUUGACGGCAGCUUCGGCCUAGCUGCGGAGGAGCGGCGGUUUGGUUUCACGCGGAGGCUGCCGGGAGGAGCAGGGCGGCCUCCAUGAUGGAGGGGAACUCCAAGGGCUCCGGCCUCGGGGGGCUCUUCGGCGUCGGGGGAGGCGUCGGCGGGCCGGGCUAUUCCCACGCGGACCUGGCCGGGGUUCCUCUGACUGGGAUGAGCCCUCUAUCUCCGUAUUUAAAUGUGGACCCCAGAUACCUUAUACAGGACACAGAAGAAUUUAUUCUACCCACUGGAGCUAGCAAAACUAGAGGAAGAUUUGAGCUGGCAUUCUUUACCAUUGGAGGAUGUUGCAUGUCAGGAGCUGCAUUUGGUGCCCUCAAUGGCCUACGGCUGGGUUUGAAAGAGACACAAAGCAUGGCGUGGUCCAAACCUAGAAAUGUACAGUAAGUAUAAAA